AUGGAGUUGAAUGAAUCGUUCUUCGUUGGUGAAGCUUCGGCUCCCAUAUUGGAAACGAAUAGCUCCGCAGAGCCGGAAUUUGGAAUAUCAGAGUUUUGUUCUUCCAUCAGAGCAGUAGACCACGAAGAUCAGGAUGACGAUGAAGAUGCGAUGAGUGUCAUUACUACCACAACAGACCGGCUAUUGUCUGGAGAUCCGCCACCUUAUUCAGAACAGCGCACACUUGGCUUAAAUAUUGUCCGACACCUGGGAUGGUCUGGUUCCAAGGUGUAUGAAUAUGACAUUAUCACGGUCCACGGGAUACGUGAUGUUUAUAAGACUGCGUGGAUCGACAACGAUAACAGCUGGUGGGUGAGGAGCAAACUCUUCAACAAGCGAUUGGUUAGGCAGAUCGAUUACUCUUAUGAGAUCAGCGAGGAGUCAGGCUUGUACACAGAGAAUUCCAUCCGACGCCACGCUGAAAAACUUAUUGCCGCCUACUCAGAAAUUCGUGGCGAGCUCGAAGAUGUAGAUCUGGAGCAUUCAAAGGAAGCAUCUAAGGAGAGAGCUGACAGCCGAAUUGAUAGAGUGAAAAAUAUCGUCCUAUUAUAUGGAUCUGCCACGAUCUUGGAGAUGUUUUUGGGCACUCCACACCAAUGCAAAUCUAUCAAAGAUCUCGAAGAUCAGAUAUUGCAGUUGAUACAGUUACCUGGUCCCCAUACAAUCAAGAAUUUCCCGAUGGAGAAGGCCAACUGCCUCGCCAGCCAAGUCAACAGAAUCAAUCAGACCUUCUCUUCCACCAAGCUGAUUGAUCGUGCCGUCAUUUUCAACAUUUUCACCCAAACUUCCGACGAGACAUCGGACCAUGAUUGCAGCCUUGCUAAUGACCGGGGAAAUCAUGGUACCCCCAACGCGCUGGAAGUAGUGACUCCUUUCCGCGGCUCUGCGCACUCGAUCGGCCUACCCUACGCAGCUGCUGGAGUGUUUGCCUUACGCACAAUAGGUCAUUUAGACCUCAUCAAGGGCGGUACUCAGGAUGAAGAUUGGCCAUCUCAAGUGUCGGCUCUAUGUGACACGGCGUACGGCGCCUUCAAAAUCAACCCACAUUUACUCCCGUUGCAGACAAAGUUGCUUUCGAUAGCUCCUCCCACGCAGCUAUCACAAAUAUUUUGCGAUCAAUCAAGCGUUUGGACUGUCGUCCUGGGUCCCAUUAAAGAGCGCCAAGUGCUCGAAGAAAUCUAUUAUCCGACGAAAGCCAAAAUCAUGCACUUGCAUAGCAACGGAGAUCCAGUAAUGAACAUUUCCGAGAUCUCUCGACGCCUUUGCGCCGGUUAUAAUGUGACCCACGAUAACUGUCGAGAAGGGCAUAGAUAG